AUGCUUGCAGAUCACACUCUCGACAGCCCUCUUCCUCCUCUCCCCGAAGCCAUUGAAACGUAUGAACAAACAAAGACCAAUGUGUAUGAUCUGUUAAGGAAUGCUCCUAAUACUCUCCCUUUAGAAUUUAAUGGGGUCAGUUCAAGAUGUGUUGCUCUGCUAUUUGAUUUUCAAAAAACGGAACAAACAUCUCUAAAUCAUCUGACUCCGGAAGAAAAGGCUUGUUAUUUGUGUAGCAUUAUAUUACAUGAAGUACAUGAUACACUUCAUUCUUUGCAUGAUAUUGCUGAAGAUAAGGUGGUGAAAGGAGAAGUAUUGUCCCAAAACGAAAUUCAGUUUAUUAAGGAUCUGACGCAACAAUACAACACCUUACUUGAAGAUAUACUCCCCGAUCUGGAGGUGAUGGCGGAGCAGCAAAACCCAAGUACAAGUUUUAUUGGUUCCAAUUCUCAAACGAUGGUUGGAGUUGAUCCACAGCAACAAAGAGCUGAUAGAAUUAUCAUUAUGGAUCAUGAGAGUAGGAGCGGAUUGGAAAGCAGACAGAGAAUGAACAGAUCGAACUCUCUUGCUUCCAAAUUGAAGGAUCUCACAAAGGAAUAUAUGGAUAUGAAGAAAGCCAACCUCAGUACACUGUUGCUAUCGGAAGAUCAAGUUUCCCAAUUCGAAAAUCGACACAUAUCCAUGUCCAAUGAAAGCCUCAUGUAUUAUACUACAGUAAUGCUAGUAUCUUCGGUGGAUGAUAAUCACAAAUUUCGACAUUUAUUUCUUUCAAAUUAUCGAAUGUAUCUUUCAUCCACCAACGACAUGUUAACUAUUAAGAAAAGAAUUGAGUUGUAUGAUAUACAGAAGGUAUCAAAGCCUUCCAAAAGUGAUGCUGAUUUGAUUGACAUAACUCUGUCUGGUACAGCUCAAGGAAGAGAAUUAGUAUUAUACACAAACGAAUGUAGCAAGUUGAGAGAGGAGAUUGAAAAAUGUAUUGAAAUGUACAAAUCUCCUUCCCUUCUUCAAGAAACAUCAAUAGAAAAUUUGGAAAACUCUUCUAAAAGAGUGCAAAAUGAAAAAGUUUCGAUUGAGGUUACAAUAAGAAAAGCAGAUAAAUUAAGGCCAAGCCCAAAGAAAAGAAUCGACAACCCCAUUUUUUACAUGGGAAUUGGAAAUCCAGAACACUUUGGUCAAAAUAGAGAAGAGAGAGUCAAAUCUAAAUCAGUGAAGACAGGACGCUCCCCUGAAUGGAACGAGACGUUUACGCUUGAUCUAUUACCCAGUAAUGAAUUACUGCUGGACGUUCGACUCUACAGCAAAGUUGGUGCAACGAAGAAUGAUUUUGCUUACGGUGUGGUUAAUAUUCCACUGAAAGAAAUUCUCAUUCCAAAAGAAGAAACGAAAGAGAUGAAAUCAGAGCUGAAAGGAAAGUGGGAAAUUUGGUGUGGAAUGAGCAAGACAGACACUGGAACUAGAAAGGAAGUGGUUGGUGAUCUAUUUGCCACGAUCAAACUACUUCAGGAUCCACAAGCUCUCCCAACGUGGCUUACGAAUCAGCUGGCUCAGCCAAAAACCACUCUUCCUUUGGCUUGUUUGUACACCAAAUUUCUGCUUUUUGAAAACUGCCAAGAGGUUCCAUACAUUUAUGGCUCAAAUAUUGAUGAGAGUAAGACACAAAUGUUUGACUCAACCACUGAUAUUGUGUCCAUCAUUCAACAACAGUCCAACUCUUUGACUGCUUUGAUAGACACAAGAACCAAAAGAAAAAUAUACACUCUCGAAAAAAGUUCGUUCUUAAAGAAAGAGUACACCAUCAGAGAUCAUGAAGGCAACGUUUUUGCAAAAUGUUUCCACAAGAUGAAGACGAUUCGCAAAACCAAAAUUAGAAUGUAUUUAAUGAACGGGGAGUAUUUGUAUUCGAUGGAAGGUGGUUGUUUUGAUGACAAGAAGAAGGAUAAUGAAGUGAUCGUCUUGAAUAGUUUGGGUUAUCCUGUUGCAAGCGUUCUCUUUGGAAAUAAGAUUAGCGGAAGAGGAAAAAUGAUCAUGGUCACAAUAUUGGAUCCUCUUGUUGACAGACCGCUGAUUAUUACGUUUUGUCUUUAUGUUUUGAGAACGACAAAUUGA